AUGUGCAAAGCUGCCGGAGCUCAAGAAAUACUUGCCUUUUCUGACUCACAGCUCAUUGUGAGUCAAGUGAAUGGGGACUAUGAGGAAAGAGACCCUAACAUGAUCAAAUAUAUGCAAGCUGUGCAUCAAGAAAUAGAACAUCUAAAGAUCUUUGAAGCUAAGCAGAUUCCCAGAACGGAGAACAAUCAGGCUGAUGCCCUGUCAAAACUAGCUAGCUCGGCUUCCUGUGAUACCCCGCGUCACGUGUUUUUGGAAGUGAAAGAUAAGCGAAGUAUUGAGCAGGAAUUGUGCACUCCUAUGGUAGAUAUUCUUGAUCGAUCGUCAACCUGGAUGGACCCUAUCAUUGCUUACAAAGUGGACGGUUCGCUUCCGGACGAUUCAAGUCUAGCCGCCAAAAUACAAAAGAAGAGUUCUUGGUUUGAAUGGUGGAAUGGAGUUUUGUACAAGAAGUCAUUUUCUAGACCCCUCCUGCGGUGUGUCACUCCUGAGAAAGGGAAAGAAAUUCUAGAUGAUUUGCACCAGGGAUUAUGUAGCUCCCACAUUGGAGGACGAGCUUUGGCAGAGAAAGCCUUGCGAACUGGUUACUACUGGCCCACUUUGAGAGAAGACGCCUUGGCUAUGGUGCAAAAAUGUGACAAGUGCCAACAGUUUGGUCAUCUCAUCCACAGACCGGCCCACCCUCUCACUCCUAUCAUGAGUCCCAUUCCGUUUGCCAAGUGGGGAAUGGACCGGUUAGGGCCAUAUACAGCGGCCCCUGGAGGCCGGCGCUAUGUGAUAGUAGCUGUUGAUUACUUCACCAAGUGGGUUGAAGUAGAGGCUCUCAAAAACAUAAGGACAGGUGAUGCGAGGGCGUUUAUCUGGAAAAAUAUCAUGACUCGCUUUGGAAUACGACAAGCUAUCGUCUUUGAUAAUGGGCCUCAGUUUGAGACGCCUAAGCUGAAGGAGUGGUUAGCAGACCACGACAUACACAACUGCUUUGCCUCUGUGGGACGACCUCAAGCCAAUGGCCAAGUCGAAGCGUUUAACAAGAUUAUCUCCGAAGGGAUCAAGAAGAAACUAGAUGAAGCCAAACGUCUUAUGGUCCAUCCGCACCACGGCUAA